GACGUCUUACUUUAAAGUAAACAGUUUUUAUCUGAAGGUCUGUUUUAUUUUUACCCCAGUUUUACUCAUCAUCAGACCAUCAUCAUCAUCAUCAUCAUCAUCAUCAUCACAUCAUCAUCAUCUGUUAGUCAAACAGGAGUGAACUGCUCAGAGGGAAUUUCCAAAACCACUCAUAUUCUCAUUACACCUCCUCUUACACCCCUACCCCCACCCCCAGCUCCACCUCCACUUACACCACUUACACCUCUGCCAGUUCGAUGGCAGACGUGCAACACAAACCAACUGAGUGGCACAUCAACAUCUCAGGGUUUGAUGAUGAUGAUGAUGAUGAUGAUGAUGCUACAGAUAAAGGCAUCUCGCAGCCUGAAGUCACGUGUCUCUGCUGCUAUGACGUGUUGCUUGAUCCCACCACGCUGAGCUGCGGUCACAGUUUCUGUCGUCACUGUCUCGCCAUGUGGACGCAGUCCUGCAGGAAGGCCAUGUGUCCGACCUGCCGCAGGAUCUGGCACAGCUUCCCCAAAGUCAACAUCUCAUUCAGGGAUUUGGUGGAGAAACAUUUUCCGGCCGACGUGGCGAGAAGACGACAGAGCAUCAUGGCUGACCCGCGGGUCCUUCAGUCUUUGCAGGUGUUGGAUCGAGCUGAGCGUGUGAUUCGCUGUCGAGCAGCUCCUCCCCCUGUGCGCUGGAACCCCUGGCUGGGUCCCGGAGGAUUCUUUUCAGGAAUUAUUAUUACUCUCACCUUUACUGCUGUGGUGUUUCCUGUAUAUCAUUGGAGUGCAGGAGAUCUGAAGGUGGAACGUCUGGUGAAGAAGCCGCUCAGUACGUGGACAGCUGAUGAGGUGGCUAUAUGGAUGGAGAACAUGGGAACAUGGACAUCUCCUUACAAAGACAUGUUCCUUAGAGAGCAGGUUAAUGGCAGGUUGUUGAAUGCUCUAGGAGAACAGGAUUUAUUAAAGCCUCCAUAUGGAAUAGAGAAUGAGCUCCACAGACGUGCGUUACUGAAAGAAGUUUUUCGAGUUCAGGAGCUCGGCUUCAAAUGGCCUCAAAAUCUCUGGGAGUACAAGGCAGUAAAUGGAGGAAAGUCUUUAUUUCUCCUUUACAUCAUGACCGACUCUCCGCGUUUCGCCAUCCUCUACAUGUACAUCUUCGAUUAUUAUGAUUUGUUUCUGCCCUUCAUUCACAUCAGCUGUCCAUCAGCACAGAAGAAAAGUUCAGAAGAUGAUGUUCCCUUCAGGAACCUGGACAGCCCUGAUAGUAGACAGUGGUUGUCGUUUGCGGUGCAGUUUUUCCUCCUGCCCUAUCAGCUGUGUUAUGAUUUUGUGUGGAAUUGGCAGGACAUUCAUUACUGGACAACACUCUUAGUCAUGUGGAAUUGUUUUCUGCUCACACUACAUGAAGGCCAAAUACUGUGGAGUCUCCGAAGCCACAUUAAUCUCCGGACAAUCCUGAGCAUAUUCACCUGCCAUGUGGGACUCACUGGAGCGAUCUGUUUCACCGGACUGCUUUUCUGGAACAUUCUACAUCAGUUUAUUUGGGAUUGUUUCUUUUAUUGGGCUCUUUAUUUCAUCCCCAUUGGCAGUACAAUCACAGUUCUGUUUCCCUUUAUGCGACAACUAUGUCCACGUUUAUAUAAUCAACAAUAACACACACACACACACUCACACACACUCACACACACACAUAUAUACACACACACUCACACACACAUAUACACACACACGCACACACACAUACACACAGACACACACACUCACACAUACACACACAGACACACACACACACACACACACACACACACACACACACACAGUGUUACAUUAACCUCAGAGAUUUAUAUUUAACAAAUGAUUAAAUUAUGGAACUAUUUGCACAUUUAAUGCUUUAAGAGAUCAAGAGUUUGAUAUAAUGAUUGUAUUAUAGAUGAUUUUCAAAUGACUUAAUAUAUAUUUUCUUAAAAGGGAUUCUUUUUUACUUUUAGGC